GCCCUUCGCGAUCGUCUCAUGUUCGCUCUCUUGUAGGAUUUCCAGAAAUACCUCAAGCCGUGACAGAUAGGUAGCGAAGGAGAGCUCCAGCCCGCCUUCCCAGCUGCUCGGAAAUGCUAAUAACAGUCACCAUGGCGGGUUGUAGGUGAAACCAACCGGGGCAGCGUAACAAAAUUACCAAUCAAUGACACCGCGGACGUUGAGGUCAGCAUCAACGAUAACAUUUGAGGGGCGGAGAUCGUCACAGAACAGCGGAAAAGGCCCGUGUCUGUGUUUUGUAGAGAGUUGCCGCAUUAUUCUGAGGAACAAGAAGCGGGCGACAAAAUUUCCCUCAGUCUGCUUCAUCAUCCACUGCAUCAUUGCAUUGAGUAAUGAGAUGAUGCAAAUGCCCUUCAACGAGUGCCUCGAGAUAAUCAGUGGCGAUUAAAUAAGGUUGCUUGGGGAGUUCUCUGGGAGAAUAGUUCCUUAACGAGACCAAGUCAUUCAGGUUGAAAGUCAGCGCCCGUCUGUUGCCAGGCUCUCAAUUCGUCCUGAGUGAUGGCUCCAAUGCGUGAGUACUGGGAUUUGGACAAGUCAAUCAAUAUUCCAUAAGAAGUGA